AUGGGUCAAAACCAAUCUGGAAUGGGGAAUGGGGAUGGAAAGGAUGACAAGGAUAAGAAGAAGAGAAAGGCUGGCGGAACCAGUGCUGCCGCCAAGCUCCCCGCCGUAUACCCUACCAGCCGAUGCAAGCUCCGACUAUUAAGAAUGCAGCGGGUCCACGAUCACCUGCUUCUUGAAGAGGAGUAUGUCGAGAACCAAGAACGCCAACGAAAGGCCAAGGCUGCCAAGGAAGGAGCCGGUUCCGAUCCCGACGACAGGCUGGCCGACGAGCGCGGCCGCGUCGAUGACAUGCGAGGAAGCCCGAUGGGCGUAGGAACCUUGGAGGAGAUGAUUGACGAUGACCACGCCAUCGUCAGCAGCACCACGGGCCCCGAAUACUAUGUCAGCAUCAUGAGCUUUGUCGACAAGGAUCUCCUCGAGCCGGGCGCCAGCGUACUGCUCCACCAUAAGAGUGUGAGCAUUGUGGGUGUUCUCACGGACGAUGCGGAUCCUCUCGUCAGCGUCAUGAAGCUGGACAAGGCGCCUACGGAGUCGUAUGCGGAUAUCGGUGGUUUGGAGACUCAGAUCCAGGAAGUUCGAGAAUCCGUCGAGCUGCCGCUGCUGCACCCCGAGCUGUACGAGGAGAUGGGCAUCAAGCCCCCAAGGGUGUCAUUCUCUACGGUGCUCCCGGUUGCUGCCGAGAACGCCCCCUCGAUUGUCUUCAUUGACGAAAUCGACGCCAUCGGUACCAAGCGUUACGAAUCCACAUCUGGUGGUGAGAGGGAAGUUCAGCGAACCAUGCUUGAACUUCUUAACCAGCUCGACGGUUUCGACGACCGCGGUGACGUCAAGGUCAUCAUGGCCACCAACAAGAUUGAGACUCUAGAUCCAGCCCUGAUUCGACCUGGUCGUAUCGACCGAAAGAUUCUGUUUGAAAACCCCGACCAAAACACGAAGCGCAAGAUUUUCACACUCCACACAUCCAAGAUGAGUCUGAACGACGACGUCGAUCUGGAAGAGUUCAUUGGACAAAAGGACGAUCUUUCCGGUGCCGAUAUCAAGGCCAUCUGCUCCGAAGCGGGUCUCAUGGCCCUGCGGGAGGCGGAUGCGCGUACAAAUGGCCGACUUCCAAAUAAUAUAUUUAUGUGCACCUUUGCCGACUUUGGCGGCUGA